AGCAAGUUUCUGCUGAAUCGCCUCCAAACUGCACACUCUGGACAAUUUUUACACAUCAAAAUUUUGCUUCCUGACAACAUUGCCCCCUUUGCCCCCCCACACACAAUGGCCUCCUCCUCAUCAGUUGGAGAUAAUCAACUGCAGAGGAUAAUCAGAGAUCUGCAUGAUGCUGUGUUAGAGUUAAGUAAAGAACACAAGGAGUGCGGUGAACCCAUAACUGAUGACAGCGGCAACCUGCACAAGUUUUUCUAUAAACUAGAAUACCUGCUACAGUUUGACCAGAAAGAAAAGACAACCUUUCUUGGCCAGAGGAAAGACUACUGGGAUUAUUUCUGCGAGUGCCUGAUUAAGAUCAAGGGAGCUAACGAUGGCAUCCGUUUUGUUAAAUCCAUCCCUGAGCUAAAAACAUCGCUGGGGAAAGGAAGGGCCUUCAUCCGCUACUCACUCGUCCACCAGCGUCUUGCUGACACACUGCAGCAGUGUCUUAUAAAUCAGAAAGUCACAAGUGACUGGUAUUAUGCCCGAAGCCCCUUCCUCAAGUCUCACCUCACUGCUGACAUAAUAAACCAUCUUUAUGAGCUCAACCAGAUCCAAUUUGAUGUCGCAGCCAGAGGCUACGACCUUGAUGCUGACUGGCCAAACUUUGCAAGGCGAACAAUAGGUGGUGCCUCAUCAGCUUUCCUGUGGAGGGCUCCCAGUCGCUGCUCCAGCAUCAACAGCUUGGUUAGCAGCUAUUCGCACUCACAGGCACAGGAGUUUCUCCCAAUCCCAGACUUGAGUCACAGUCUCCUCUGUGAUCUGGGAGAACUGGGGGAGCCCUCUACGUGCAGCAUUGCAGAGAAUCUCCGCGUUGAGCUCGACCAGUCAGAACUGAGACAGCAAGAGCUUUUGGUACGGGUUGAGGAGUUAGGGAAGGAGUCGGCUCAGCUGAAAGAUGUAGUGAAAGAUCUUCAAGGCCAGCUAUCAGCAACUCAGAAGACCUCUGGCCACUCUCUAUCUUCAGAGCCCAAAACUAAAACAGAUAUUGCUAAACAGGACGGAGCCAGUCAUCAUCAAACUUGUAGAGAAGCAAUAAACAGUGAACUUAAAGACAGACUCACAGCCGCUGAGAACAAAAAUAUGGAGCUUUUGUCUAAAUUGGACGAGGCUCUAAAGGAAAAGGGCCAGCAAACAGCUAGCUACUGUGAUUCAGCCUGGAAAAUCCAGGAUCUUCUGGAUAAACUCAAGACUGCAGAGGAGGAGAGGUUGGAGGCAAAGAGAGAGGCUGAGGACAGGGCCAGGCAUUCUGAGCGCCUGUCUCAGGAACUAAAACUCAGGGAACAAGAGCUGAGAAGCUGUGAGGAGAAGCUGGCUGAAGUAAAAGCCGGGGCCCAUGAUGAGCAGGAGGAGGCCCUCAAACGGUUGGAGGAGCUCCAAGGUGCAGUUGGUCGAAUUCAGGGGGCACUGACAUUGAAAGAGAAGGAGACAGGAAACUUGAGAGCCCAGCUUCAGGAUCUGCAAGCCUCACUGGAGUGCAGAGAACGACAAGCAGAAGAUCUAAGGAAAAGAUUGCAGGAAGAGAGGCAGGAGGUCGAGCAAAGAUGUAGCAAUAGUAGCAGCCAGAGUGAAACACUAGAGGGCCAGCUCCUGGAUUUAAGAAAAACUCUCAGAAACAGAGAGAAAGAGCUCUUUAUUGGCUCAGAGAGAAUCAAGCAUUUAGAGGAACAGUUGGAAAAGCUUAAUGUUGAGAAGGAAAGUCUGAUCUCAAGACUUUCUGAUAAUGAAGUCAAUUCCUGCGAUCAAGCACAGAAACUUGAGGACUACAAAACCCAAUGCAGCAAUCUCAUGGAAAUAAACACUAAGUUACUCCAAACAAUUAAGAAGAGUGAGGAGAGCACUACAGAGCUGGCUGCGAGCAGGGCAGCCUUGUUAGACCAGCUAGCUGCCUUGAGGGCCUCUGAGACCCACUUAAAGGGGAGGGUUGAAACUGCCAAGCUGUGUGUUGAAGACAGAGAGAAGAAGCUUUUAGAUGAAAACCUGCAAUUGGAGGAGAUUGUGCAGAAGACACUCGUCCAGAAGGAAGCGUUAGAUGCUCAGUUGAAGAGGUUUGAGCAUGAAAAUGAGGAGCUUCUUGAGGUUCAGUCCUCAUUGAAAAAACAGUUAGCCAAAACUCAAGAGGAACUUGACUCGCUUACUGCCAAAGCUUCAAGGUUGGAGAAAAACCUCACAGCGUCCCAAAGAAGCCAAGCAGACUUACUUGAAAAACUCCAGGAAACUGAGUCUAAACUCAGAGACCAGACUGUUAAAUGUGGUCUUCUGCAGGCGAGAGCCGAGGAGCUGGAGAGCAGGAGUGGGGAAGUGCACGAUGAAAAAGGAGCUGCGGAGAGCAAUGAAAAAAUGCAGAAGCUUCACGAUCAGCAUCAGACAUCCUCAGUGGAAACCAAAGAGGCUCCUUUUAGAUUGGUGAUAGCUGAAGCUCAACUGGAACUCAACAUUCGGGAGGUACACCGGCUCCAGGAAGAGGUGGUGGAGCUCAGGGCUCAGCUGCUGGCAGGGACUGAGGAGAGGAUGAAAGCUCAGGCCCUCAAGGAAGUGACAGAGUCCUCCAGAGACGACCUCCGUGUCUUAGCAGAACAACUUAAGGCCCAGGUAGAGGAGCUAAAUCGCAGACAUGUUGAGGAGAUUCUACAUUCUCGGGAGCGAGAGGAGGCUCUUAUUCGUGAGCGAGACGGUGAAGCUCAGGCUCGGGCAGGUCUGGCUACAGAGGUGACAUCCACCAGAGAGGAGCUGAAUAAACUUAAGCUGCGUUAUGAAGCCUUAUGUCUGGAGAACAGUGAAUCCAGAGAAGCACUGCAUAGAGCCAACACAGAAACAGCUGAACUUGGUGUGCAUGUGUGUAUGUUAACCGCUGAGAACGAAGAGGCUCGUCUGCGCUGGGAAGACCUGCAAACAAAGCUGCAUGAGCUGGAGAAAGAGGCAGCUCAGGAGUCAGAGAGAUCGAAUACCUGUGUGCUGGAGCUGCAUCAAGAGAACCAACAGCUCCUCAGUAAGCUCAAUAAGGAAGAAGGUUUGUUGGCAACCAAGCAGGAGCUGCAGGAAGAGCUGAACAAGGCCCAGCAGGAGGCUGAAGCUGUGCAGGAGACGAGCCAGGAGGAGAUUCAUGCACUCCGGUUCCAAAUCAGCAGCCAAGCCAUGAGCCAUGGCAGCCAACUUGAGAGUGUGAAUCAGGAGUUACAGGAGGUGAGAUUACAGCUGGCGACUGAGCGGGAGAAGAUUGUCGACCUGGAGAACAAACUCAAACAGCUAGAGGCUGAGAAUCAAAGACAUUGCCAACAGAUUGAGGAGAAAAACAUCCAGAUGGCCCAGUGUGAAAAUCUCAUCCAGCAGAAAGAAGACGAGAUAAUCCAUCUGAAAGGGAAUUUAUCAAGAUCUCAGGAGAAACAAGCAGUAGCUCAGCGGGCCUGUAAGGAGUUGACUGAAAAUCUACGGAGAAUCACACAGGACAAGCAGAACUUUGAUUUUAAGACGGCUGCUGAACUUGAUGAUCUUUACCGCACCAAAAUAAAUUUGGAGGAAAGGCUUGUAGAACUCAUCAGGGAGAAAGAUGCACUGUGGCAGAAGACGGAUGCUCUGGAGUUUGAGCAGAAACUUCGGGAUGAGGAGACAGAGAGGGACGUCAACUACUGUUUGGACUGUCACAGUCAGUUUAGCUGGUGGAUCCGCAAGUAUAACUGCAGACUGUGUGGGCGUCCCUUCUGCUACUACUGCUGCAGCAACACAGUGAGCACCCAGCAGGGCAGCCGAGAACGCUGCUGCAGGGACUGUUAUAACCAGCACAGCGCAGUAGUUGAGCGCCACCCACAGGAGAACGUGACCGCCAGCACGCUAGGCACACCUUUCAGCCAUCUGCUGCAGGCUGGGAGAUCUGCGAUGAGUGUUUCAGGGGCAGAUGAAGGUGACAAGCUGGAGGAUGGUGUUUUUGACAUCAUCACAGAGGAGGAAGUGAGUGGGGUCUACGACAGCGACUCCCUCUCUUUUUCCACCGCCUGCUCUCCUGGACAUGGACAGCAGGGGGCAGCACAACUAAAAAGCAGUGCUAGUGCAGGAGACAUUGCAUCAGAAGACACUGAGGACCUCAGUGCCACAGUACAGGAUGCAGAGAUCUGCCUGCUAAAGUCUGGUGAACUUACGCUCUCUAUCCACUUCACAGUGGAUGACAUCUCCGGGUUUGGGGACAGCUCCCGAGAGCUUUUCAUUAAGUCCAGCUGUUACAGCACCAUCCCCAUCACCAUGAGCAGUCCUGGCUCCACCGUCACCUGGACAUUUACCUCUGAACCUAAGAGCAUCUCCUUCAGUGUGGUCUACAGGGAGAGCACAGAGACUCCAUUGGAGCAGGCUAAGGUCUUGAUCCCACUGACCCGCUGCAACUCCCACAAGGAGACAAUCCAGGGAGAAAUGAAAGUCAGAAACCCUGGAGAAUACACACUCAUCUUUGACAACUCCUUUUCCAGGUUCAUCUCAAAGAAAGUGCUUUACCAUCUGAGUCUAGACAAGCCCGUGGUCUACGAUGGAAGCGACCUCCUGUGAGCGUGACAGGACAAAGCAGGUGUAAAACUGACUCUUGACACAUCAUUCAAGGUGUUCAAGCUCAUACACGUGAUUGUGUCCAAGUCUGCUGAUGUGCAGCAACCUCAGUGAAAGGUUAUGGCAUAUUAAAAACGUCUCUGACAGUUAGCUUCUGCUUAUGAGGUGUUCAGAUCAUGGCAAGGCUGAACAAAGGCUGAAAGAAGUGAAGUAAAUCAGUGUUACUUUACUGAAUGUGAGCAUGCACUACCUUUUGCUUGCAGUUUAAAUGUAGCAUGAAGCGUAUCAAACUACACUGAAACUGACUGGAGGUUUGUUACUUAUUUGAAUGUGAGGAACUUGUGUGUGCACACAUACAGGUUUGCUGGCACCUACAGAUGUAAAACCUGUAGGCAACUUUUGUUUUUACUGCAUUACUGCAGAAAUUAAGCUGCUUUUGUGCUUUAUCUUGCGGUGGAAUUCUUUGAUAAAUUAAGUUUUGUUCCUAUUCCCAUUCCCUAUUAUACUGGUCUCAUGAAUUAAAAUUGCUGGUAUUAAAAUGGGAAUUUGUGCUCUCUGCAUAGCAACUUAAAUGCAUUUCCUCCUUGGAGCGGACGAUCUGGUUAAAAUGUUCUAUCACAGUAAAUGCAACUUUAAUUUGUGAUAUUGAUAUAGUAUAUUAAUAUAUGAAUGUCAGUUGCUUUUAGUGAAUCCAGAAAAUUAAAUACCUGUCAAAUCAAGUUGCAAAGUCAUAUAAAUACAUUACAUUUUUUGGAGUUUGUGGUUGUUUGUGUUGACAACCUGAGAUGAAAUCCCACACCACACACAGAUUUGUUUGAACCAGGCAAAUUUGCCUAAACUGUUGCAAGUAGAAAUGCUUAACCCUUAUUUAACUUGGACCUUAACAGAGUUUGCUUUACUAAGUUAUAGUAACCAUUAACGAACCAUUUCAAGUAAGUGAGUCUUAAAACUGGUGUGUGGAUGUGAUGACGGUGUAGAAUAAGCCUUUAGUGGUAGAGAAACUGUUCUAACACUAUUUAUGUCCAUAUCAUGAACCAUAAUCUGUUUUAAAGUUCACAGUCAUGAGAUUUGUUGAGAUUGUUGCCUUUUCAGUUGUCAGAGAUGAUAAAAUAUCCGUUUGUUGUGAUGCAAUCAUGAUGAAGCAUAACUGGAAGAAGCAGGACUUCUGCAAAUCUACAGUAUUACCACUUUAUGCGGUUAUAUUUGUCUCUUUAGAAAAGUGGCUUUAAUAAGUGCAGGGUUCUGAUAAUAGCAGUUGAGCAAAGAGGACAUUGCGGCUACUGUUUGCUGUACCUCUCCAAUUUCUAUGCAUGCAAACACUAAGAAUGUGUAAAUGUUUCCCCAACUUAACCCUUGAAGGGUAAACAGGGGGAGCACAUAUCAAAAUGUUAAAUAUCAAAGUUACAGUGCUUUAAAUAUUUAGUCAUCACUUUGAGCUUAACUUGAAAUAUAACUCAUGUUUUAGCAGGGAGGAUUUUUCAUUCAUUUAAACGAGUAUAUGAUCUUAUCUCAUGACGUACAUAAAGCCUUUAGAUGAGGAAACAAUGUUUGUUUUGGAAAAGAAAAAUAUAAAAAAUGAACUUUAUAGUGUUUUUCUAGUUAGGAGAUGUUUUUUCAUGCUGUUUAUUGUUGCCGUGUAAUGUUAUUUUGGGGUGGUAGCAUCAUUCUGUCACCUGAAAUGUGCAAACCUGCAGCGUGUCAAACAGAAAAAGUACACAUUUUAGCAUACAACCUUCAAAUAAGUCAAAAAAUCACUUUUAUACAUGAAGUUAUCCUUUAUUUGAAGGCUUUAAUGUUGAAGUUGACCUUUUUUUUCAAAUCAUAUUAGUUUCUUCAUUUAAUUAUACUGACUUGAAUAUACUGCUUUGCUGUUCACAACAUUUACAAAAUGUCUUCCAACAUUUUAAAAUCAUUUUGUGACUCAUUUAUAUUUUGAACAUUACUGACAUAUGGAAAAAAUUAAGAAACAUUACAAAUAACACUUUUUAUACAUAUCUAAAUAAGAAGAGUAAUAUAUUGCCAAAUAUAUUUGGAAACACAUUUGUUUAUUCUAUUGUUGUCAUGUAAUGCAAAUGUGAAUUUCCAGUGAAAGGCAUUUGGACAACACUGUUGUAUGAUGCACUUUUGAAAGGGCUUUUUGUCAGACUCUAGCUCACAAGCCUCUGUGCCAGAUGAUGAACGUUUUUUCUUUCUAUCACUUUUCUAGUGAGCGUGUGAUUGUAGACUUUUACAGCUGGAUUUGCCGGAGGGACAUUUUAACUCUUUGACUUCAACUGUAAAUGAUUGUUGACAUUGUUGUUUUAUUGAAAUAUUGUUUACAUACUAAAGAUUUAUAUUAGAAUGGAUUUAUGGAUAAAUAAAUUAAAGAUUGUGUGAUAACUCUUGUGA